AUGAACCCGCCACAACCACAAAAGCUCUCGUACUAUAGUGACAAGAAACUAUUUAAUUUCAGGAAACCGAACGUAGUCAAACAGAAAAAUGCAUUUCCACCGAAUUUUAUUCACUCUUUGGAUUCUAGUCACAUGAUGUUAACUUCUCUGCACUGCGAAAGGGCGGGAGUUACCUUUGUUUCUGUACACGACUGCUAUUGGACGCACCCAUCCACCAUUCACAUAAUGAAUAAAAUAUGUCGAGAACAGUUUGUGGCUUUGCAUUCUGAACCAAUUUUAGAAGACUUAUCUAUUUCUAUGUAUAAUAACUACAGUUUUGAGGAAAGCGAACUAUCUGAUGAAAGUUCCUUGGCCGAUUAUCAAAAGAAAAAACUCAACAAACUACUGAGAACCUUGCCUGCGACUGGAGAUUUUGAUAUAAACAAUGUUUUAGAUUCAGUGUACUUUUUCAGUUAAUGUACAAAGCACUAUAAACAGAUUGUUUAACUCUUAGAUUUUAUAAACUUUAAUUCGACCUAAUAAAACUUUGUUUAUUGUUA